UCCCCGCCGCGCCAUGGAGCUGAAGAGGUUCCUGCUCCUCGCUGCGCUUCUGCUUCCCGCUACCCUGGGCUUCCCCAUUCAGGAGAACCAUGAAAACAGCACAACAACAACAGAGCCUACUGAGGUUACUACACAGGAGGAUAUAUAUGAAUCUCCUUCACCUACAGAGACUGAUGAGGAGGACGAAGAUAUUUUUAACAAAAUUCUGAAAGUUAACAAAGACAGCUCCCAGUUCUUGCAGGAAGGUGACAUAGUUCCACGAAGGAGUCGCAGUGCCAUCAACUGUCGCCAUUGCAACUGGCCCCAGUCCAGUGAUGGGAUUGUUCGUAUUCCCUAUGAACUGGAUCCUGCUUACGAGGAGAGCCAUGUAAAAGGGAUUCAUGAUGCCAUGGCAGAAUUUGAAGCGCUGACUUGUAUUAAUUUUGUGAAGCGCAAGGCAGAACGUGACUACCUCAGCAUUAGAUCUGCCGAUGGCUGCUGGUCCAACUAUGGGAAAGUAGGAGGUGGACAGACUGUCUCUGUGAUGAAAGGAGGCUGCAUGUGGAAAGGAGUAAUUCAGCAUGAACUGGAGCAUGCUCUGGGCUUUUUGCAUGAGCACUCUCGAAGUGACAGAGAUAAACAUGUAAAGAUCAUGUGGGAGUACAUCAGUCCUCCUGACAGACCAGACUUCAAGAAAUUUGAAAACUCCAAUAACCUGGGUCUUCCGUACGACUAUUCCUCAGUAAUGCACUAUGGCCCAUACACAUUCAGCAAUACCACUGGGAAAGCAACUAUUGUACCAAUUCCUGAUGGAUCAGUACAUAUUGGACAGAGACAAGGGAUGAGCAAAUUGGAUGUGGCCAAAAUCAACAAACUUUACAACUGCAGUCGCUGCAGCACUAUUCUUGAUGGACCUUCUGGGUUGCUGAGAUCUGACAACUACCCAAAGAAUUACUCAGAUAACACCAACUGUGUCUGGCUCAUCCGAACCCGGUCCAGAAAGGUUUCUCUGAACUUUCAAGCCUUUCAGCUGCAAACAACUAAAGGCUGUCAGGGUGAUUAUGUUAAAGUUUAUGAUGGAUCCAGCAAGUCUUCUCCAGUUCUAAUGGACAAGACCUGUGGAUCAAAGAUCCCCAAUGGCAUAGUUGCUUCUAGUAAUCUUAUGCUCGUAGAGUUCAUCACAGAUGGUGCCCAGACAGCUCCUGGUUUCCAAGCCACCUUUACUGCUGUGAGGACCCAAAGAAGAUCUAACAUCCGCAACUGA